CUCUCCAACCCAAUUAGCCUAUCUCGGUCACGGCUUCUACCUUCUGCCCGCCGCACGCGUCGGCGUCGCCCAUUCAACGGCCGGAGCUCUCGGUGUCGCCUUUUGCCUUCCGCACGCGGCUUCGUCGGCGUCCCCCAUCCAAUGGCCGGUGCUCUCGGUCUCGGCUUCUGCCGUCUGCCUUCCGCACGCGUCGCCCAUCGCAACGUUUCACUUAGAGUCGUGCGAUUACGACAAUCAAAUGUCAACAGAUUUAAGUGCAACAGCAUUCGGAGUAACCUCUUUGAUAGACUAUCUAGGGUUGUCAGGUCCUACGCAAAUGCAGUUCUAACUUCAUUUGAAGACCCUGAGAAGAUCCUAGAUCAGGCUGUUCUGGAGAUGAACGAUGACUUAACAAAGAUGCGGCAGGCCACUGCACAGGUCUUGGCAUCUCAAAAGCGGCUUGAGAAUAAAUACAAAGCUGCAGAACAAGCUGCUGAUGAUUGGUAUCGGAGGGCUCAACUUGCUCUGCAAAAGGGUGACGAGGAUCUUGCCCGUGAAGCCCUUAAGCGGCGUAAAUCAUAUGCUGACAAUGCAAGCUCCUUGAGGUCCCAGCUUGAUCAGCAGAAGGGUGUAGUUGAAAAUCUCAUUUCAAAUACCCGGAUUCUUGAGAGCAAGAUAGCAGAGGCCAAGCAGAAAAAGGAUACCCUAAAAGCCCGUGCUCAAUCAGCGAAGACUGCCACGAAAGUGAGUGAAAUGUUGGGUAAUGUAAAUACAAGUAGUUCCCUUUCUGCUUUUGAGAAAAUGGAGGAAAAAGUUAUGGCAAUGGAAUCCCAAGCAGAGGCACUCGGUCAGUUAACAGCCGAUGAUCUAGAAGGAAAGUUUGCACUGCUUGAGACUUCAUCUGUUGAUGAUGAUCUUGCACAAAUGAAAAACGAAUUGUCCGGAAGCUCUUUGAAAGGAGAGCUUCCUCCAGGUAGAACAGCAGUCAGCAACUCAGGUGCAGCGCGCCCUUUCCCCGACCUAGAGAUUGAGAACGAGCUAAAUGAGCUGCGGAGGAAGGCCAAAGAAUAUUAGAUUCCACGGUUCUUGUCCAUGCACCAGGCCUGACGAAAGAUAGUAUAGCAUGCAGAUUUUUCCAUUGUGCAUUUGAACCUCCGAUGCACCUUGUUUCUUGAGGGUAUGGAAGCUUGUAAUUUAUCUGCAUUUUCCUCUUUUUUUGCAUAAAUUGAUGUAAAUCACUACGCGCUCUAGAGCCUUUUUUGCAUACUGUAAAUGUAAUCGAAGGUCUGAAGUUUCCGUC